GCUCCCGCGCGCACUCGGCCGCUGGAGCGUUCUGGAGGUCAGCCAUCCAAAACCAGCUUCACCAAGCUAAAGUCAAGGUGUUGGUAUGAAAAUGUCUGACGACACCAAUGACACCUUAGCCACUGGAGACAAAGCAGAAAUUGCCAAGAUGCCUGAAGAGAGUGAAUUUUCACCCAAAGACACAGAAGCGCCCUGUGAUUCAGCUGUGAUUUCAAACGAGCCGACAGCAGCUGAUUCCAGAGGCGAUGGGCAUGAAAAUGCCACUGUCGAGGGUGCAGAGACCACUGACUCUGGGCACCCUGAGUGGCCUCAACACAGCAGUGUCAUGGAGCCCCCCCUCAAUGGAGAAGUGACUGAUGACACGCUUGUUGAAUGCACUGACCCUGUCAGCCUCGAGGCAGAGCUUGGAUCAGACAUACCUCUGAAAGAACAGAUUAAUCCGGCUGUGGAUUCACCUUCCCGUGGAGGAGGAUGGGCAGACUGGGGCUCCUGGGGCAAAUCUCUGCUCUCAUCAGCAUCUGCUACAGUAGGUCAUGGAUUGACAGCAGUCAAGGAAAAGGCAGGGGCCACCCUGCAGAUUCAUAGUGUAAAUUCCAGCUCUCCGGAAGGGGCCCAAGCUGGUGCUGAAAAUGGAGUCCCUCAGAGUGUGGCCACAGAUCAGAGCCCUGCCGAAAGCCCACCCACUUCUCCUGCAUCCAGGUCUCGGGGCAUGCUGUCAGCCAUCACCCAUGUAGUUCAAAACACAGGUAAAAGUGUCUUAACGGGCGGUCUUGAUGCUUUGGAAUUCAUCGGUAAGAAAACCAUGAAUGUCCUCGCGGAGAGUGACCCAGGCUUUAAGCGGACCAAGACGCUCAUGGAGAGAACCGUUUCCUUAUCGCAGAUGUUAAGGGAAGCCAAGGAGAAAGAGAAGGAGAGAUUGGCCCAGCAACUGACAGCCGAGAGGACUGCCCACUAUGGGAUGCUGUUUGAUGAGUAUCAAGGUUUGUCACACCUGGAAGCUCUGGAAAUUCUAUCCAACGAAAGUGAAAGCAAGGUUCAGUCAUUUUUAGCAUCCCUCGAUGGAGAGAAGCUGGAACUCUUAAAAAACGACCUGAUUUCUAUUAAAGACAUCUUUGCAGCCAAAGAAUUAGAGAAUGAAGAGAGUCAAGAAGAACAAGCCUCAGAGGAAAAGGGAGAAGAGUUUGCUAGCACGCUUACAGAACUUCUCUUUGAAUUACACGUCGCGGCCACGCCUGACAAGCUCAAUAAGGCCAUGAAGAAAGCUCAUGACUGGGUAGAAGAAGAUGAGGCUACGGUGUCCAUAAAUAUGGCGGAACAGUCGGAGGAGAACACUGGAGAGGAAGAGACGGAAGAGAAACCAGAAAAUCCUGAAGAAGACAAAAAGGAAGAAAGGAGAACUAAGACAGUUGAGGAAGUGCUGUCCAUCGAAAGUCUAGCAGAAGUAACAGCACGCUGUAUCGAGCAGCUUCAUAAAGUAGCAGAAUUAAUUCUUCAUGGGCAAGAAGAGGAAAAACCAGCUCAGGACCAAGCAAGAGUUCUGAUAAAAUUAACUACUGCGAUGUGUAAAGAAGUGGCCUCCUUAUCAAAGAAGUUUAUGAAUUUUUUAACCACUGUUGGGAGCGACAAGAAGGCCGAGGUCCUUAACCCCAUGAUCAAUAGCGUCUUGUUAGAGGGCUGCAACAGCACCAUGUACAUCCAGGACGCCCUCCAGCUGCUGCUGCCUGUGCUGCAGGUCUCACACCUCCAGACCGCUGGCUCAGAAGCACAUCCGGGACCUGGCCAGACUCCAUCCAGUUAAAGAGGUGGGCAGGCCACAUGGCUUCGAGAUGUACCAGAUGUUUUCUCCACAAUUGGCCCCAGACACCCCUUGGAGGACUCCACGAGCAAUUUUGCACGGACAGUAUGGAGAAUGCAAGUUGAAAGAAAGCAUCCUGUCUCUUACUGUAUAUGGUGGUUUUAUAAAUAAUUGUGUUUUCUUUACAUUAAUUUAAAUUUACAUGGCUUUAUAUUGAUACUUGCCCUUCAUUUGAAGUUCAUUCACCAGUAUUCAUUUCCGUUUUCCUGGCCAAGCAUGUUAUAUUGAGAAAUUCACAGGCAGAUCUUAGACUUUUUUUUUUUUUAAUCCUUUAAUUUCCCACCUUUAACUUCCCGUUCUUUAUAGUAUUACUUUAAAUCAGUUCUUAUACUGAACUUAGUUUUGUUAUAUAAAUAUCAUAGGUAAAGAUAACACUAUUUACAGAUAUUACCUAUUAUGGUAAAAGAGAAACAAGUAUCUCUUUAUAGUAACUCAUUCUGAAAACAAGCGUUCAUUGAUCUCUACUGUGUGCUCACAAUAGGAACACGAUCUCAACCCAGUAAAGACAGACAUUCUGAGCAAUCUGUACACCCAACAUGGGGCUCAAACUCACAACCCUGAGAUCAAGAGUUACAUGCUCUACCAACUGAGCCAGCUAGAUGCCCUCAGAAGAUACUCUAAAAGAAGGUUUAUAAUAAUUCUUAAAAUGCUUAAAAAUACUAACAGAUUUUCUAAACCUUAAAAAAUUUGAAGAGUGAGGUAAUUUUUUUUAAUGUUCUGCCCUUCAGUGUAUUAUUGUAUUUUUCCAUACUCCUUGUACUUUUUGACCCCAAACUUGAUGUAUGGGGUGAAAAUAUUUGGGGGCACCUGGGUGGCUCAGUGGGUUAAGCUUCUGCCUUUGGCUCAGAGUCCUGGGAUCAAGCCCC